AUGUCCGUUCUCUCGAAAGAAACCGCACUGAGCUCUGAUGAUCUCAGGUCUUCCUCGAAGAUCGACGGAACCGUUCAACCAUCUAAAGUGGCUCAGCCUACCCGAAGCGAUUCCUUUCCACAACAAGGAAAUACUCAGCCAGGAAGCGGCAGCGUCGUUCGCGACACGACGGACAAGGUGCCUAGAGAGCUAGCGGAUGGAGAAUCCAAUCGUUCUAAUAUUCAGGCCCCGUUCAAAGAACGUGUUUUUGGAGCUGCGCUGAAAACUCGAGGCACGCUCUUGAAGAAGCCCCAAGUUAAGGAGACUGGCCAGCAACUGCUCGACGGGAAAAUUGACAUUCCAGAAGCUCGGACCAAUGUCAAUUAAGCGGUGUAUAAGUGUACGUGAGUCCUCACCACUGUGUAUCCUCUUCACGCGCUCAUAAGACAACGACAGUCUCGUACUCCAGUUGUCUUGGAACGAAAAAUCC